UUUAAGUAGUCGAUACUUAACCAUCAUGGCUGAAAAAAUACGGAAGUUCAAAAUUUUCUAGUCUAGUCUAGUUAGUUACUGUUAGUAGUGUUAGUAGAUCUAGAUUUCUAGAUCUAGACUAGAUCUAAUAUUUAUUUUGUAAUUUUUCGCUCUAGAUCUAGAAAAACAAAUGGCAGGUAACUUUUUUCAAUGUCUGGGGCGUACGCCUUUUGCUUCUCUUCUGGCUGCCCUGAUGGUAAUUAUUGGUACAUGUGUAUUUUGUGGAACUUCAUUUCAAGCACUCCAGCUUAUCAUUGUUGGAGUCUUCAAUAAUUUGUUCAGAUUCAACUUAAACUGGCUAGAGGUGCUUCAAGUCCUUUUUGUUGUUAUUGGUGUUGUCAUGGGACUGUUUGCCAUCAUCUUACUGAUAUUUGGGUUUCUAGCCACAGGCUCUACUCGAAAUAAUAUUUACUCGGGUCCAAAAUGUAUCAUGGGAGGCCGAAUAACAGCAGCCUUGUUCAUGUUGAUAUCCUAUGUACUUACACUUGGUUGGCUGGCACUUAUGGCUGUGGGAAUGGUAUCUGUCACAGUGUAUGCUUCAGUGGAUUCCAUUUGCACCAAUGAAAUAUAUGGCAAGAGAGCAGAAGAGCUUGUGACCUACUGUUUUAACCUUACCAGAUUUGGUGUAUACAGAGAAGAACAAAAUUCCGACAGUGUUUGUGACUAUGCUAAUCUCAGGGCUCUGUGCAAUAAGGUGACAGAAGCAGGACCUCUUUUCUGCGUAGCUUUUGGCGCUACUGUACUUGUUGUUGUUGGAAUGGUUCACUUUCUCAUAACACUGGCAGCCAACUAUACUCGCAUCAAAAUCUCCAGAGAGCUUACAGAAUAUAGAGAUGCUGUUGAAAUGGAAGAGUUGGAGCUACACUCAACAGAGAAGAAAGAUCCACCUCCUUACAGAGAUGCUAGUGACUCCUAGUACUGUUUCCAAUCUCAGGUUUAACUAGGAAACAUAGUGUAAAAAAAUAGUUGUAGAUUCAUCACAUUUGUAUAUAAGUUUUCUGUUCCAACAACUCCCAGCCAAUUAGUUUUAUUUCAUGACGGCAACUGAUUCUUAGCACAGAGUUCAGUUAUACAGAAUAAACAAUAACAGUUGUUUUUUUAAUAGAAAUCUCAUGUCUUUCUUUGUCCAUACUGAAAGAUUAAUAAACAUUUUCUUUAAAAAUUUGAGGUCUAUGGGGCAGAUGUUUAUUAAAACGUUCAACACUAAUAAUGGACACAAAAAGUAUUUGAACUCUUGCUAUUUAAAUACUAUGUUUCUGUCCAUUAGUGUUGAUUUUUUUAAAUGUAUAUAGUGUAAAUUUUUUGGGGCAUGUGACCUUGUUAAUGAACCAGGCUUCCAAACUGAAAGUUUGAGAUUAAAUCCUUGUAGAGUUGGGGUUUUAAUUUCAGAUUUGUUCUCAAGUACAAUCCGUUCUUUUCAAACGUACACGAUGUAUGUUGUAAAACUGUAAAGGAUGUAGCUCUUUAUUUUGGUCCUGGACAUUUUAUCAAACUGUUGCCACAAAAAUGAACUUCCUUUGCAUCUUCUCCCCUUCGACUCCAAGGGAAACGACUUUUAAUUGUACUACAGCAAGAAAAGGAAAUGGAGUUCUAGCUUUGCAUUUUUGUAAACUAUGCUCAUUUUGUAUAUAAUUAAAAUAUUUGGCUAAUGAGGAUUUUUUUUUUUGUUGCCAGCUUAAGCUCCUGCAAUAUGUACAUCUAAUUUUGUAAACAGUGUAUCAUUUUAUGUGCUCAACAUGUCCUUCUUUUUUUUUUGUCUAUAUUGUAAUGUCUUAAUCAGAAUCUUAUUUGCUAGCAUUUGUGUGAACAAAUAUAUUUAUAAGCAAAAAGAAUCAAUGUUAAAUAUUUAUGCCCCCCCCCCCCCCUUUUUUUUUUUUCAUCUGAUAAAAAAGUAAUAUAUAUAUUUAAAAAAACAUGAGACGAUCUUUAUUUUGUAAUAUUUUUGUAUUAUACAUUUUCUGUUUGACUUUGCAGGUUGUUGUUUUUUUUAUGCCCCAGUUGUAAUAAUUUUUUUAAAAUCUACUAUAUUUCUCUAUCAAUGUUCAUAGUUACAUGUAUUUUCUACUAAAUAUAAAAUCACAUCCUUUGAUUUUAAAAUAUUUUCUUUGAAGCAACAAUUUACAUUCCAUAUUUUAUUCAUAUUUAUGCCUAAUUUGCGAAGCUUUCAAAAAUGGUUUACAUUGAUGAACUUUUUUUUGUAGAAAGAUACAUUUUUAAUAUUACAAUUUUAAUAUUUUUAAAAAUUUAGCAUUCCAUUCUUUCUGUGAUUUAUAUCAUCUAAUUUAAUAAAUAAUCACCUUUUUGUGUAUAUCUGUCAACGUCAAAAAGUUUUUAGAAAAUGAUUUUAUAAACAGCUAAAUUUGUCACCACGCUUCAUGUUCAAUAUUGUACUCAUCCUUACCUUUUGGAUUCAAAGACCAUACCUUAUAAUUAGUUCAAUCAUGAUUUAUUUUUGAUUGAAGUAUUCCCAUGAGAUUUUGAGCUUGAAUACUAAAACCAGUGAGUUGUAUAAGCUUUAAACUGUACCAUGUUUCUAUGAACUGUUUUGAUCUUUUGUGAGCAUCUUUGAAGUCUUAGAAUGUAAUGACAGCUGUAAGUGUUUUGUUAAUUUUAUAACAUCCAAGAGUCAAUGAACAGCAGUGACAGUAACAGCGCUAUCACUAAACAGUUUAGAAACAAGUGAAACACCUUUCUUACUUAUGAUCAGCGCGUACCGGAGGUCUUUCUGUACAAGGUACAUUACAGUUUGUUGACUCAGUUAUUCUGGAAAACUAAUAAAUUAACAGAUGUUAAGUUUUUAAUUAACCAGAGGGGUUAAAUUAACUUAGGUUAUUCACAGAACAUUAUAAUCUUGUUUGUGUUACAUUUAAAAUAUUAAAACUGCAUUGCUAGAUGUCUAUAAAAAGUCAUUUCAAUUUUUCAGAGUUGUUUAAACAUUUUUUUCUUAUAUACAAUAUACCAUACAUCUUGGAUUUAUGUAUACUUUUUUUGUGUGUAAAUAUCUAAUUAUCAUUUUGAUGUAUAUGUCCUUGAUCAAAAAGUCCCCAUUUUAGUUUAUAUUGGCUAGUACAACAUGGGGCAUUGUUUGAUCUGUGUUUAUCUGAGCUAGAUCUAGUUGUUUGUUACCAUACUUCUCAUUGCUCAAAUAUUUUCAUCUCAUUCUCGUCAAAUAUUGCCUGUGUCAGCACUUGUUCCAUCUUUUGUUUAGCACUAAAUUUUUUGUUUACAGUUCAUGUUCAAUAACUAUUUGGUCCUUUUCAUAUCACUGAUAACUUGUGAUACUAUGAGACAUUCCAAAUGUCCUUUUUGUUUUAACCAUUUACCAAUCACUUCAAGCACUCUACACAUGUAUUUAGGGACAUGGUUUUUAUAUACAGUUUUAUCUUUUUUGAUCUAUUUUACAUGCUAGAGUAUUUUUGUAAUUCCUGUCUUGCCUUGGAAUAAGGUUGUGUGCCUUUUGACUUUUAUUAUUUUGUCAAUGCUCUUUACUUUUAAAAAAAAAUCGAAAUGUACGUGUAUUAAAUGAUUAAAUUAUUGUUGUGAAAUUGUUA